UAAAACGUCCGUCGCUGCCGUUUGCCUCCAGGAAAAGGCGGAUAAACCUUCCUAAAGUGACAUCAUGGAUUCUGAAAAAACAGCUGAUCCAGUUGAAGAUAACCGGGGCCUACGUCGCCAUUCUCAUCAAAGCACAAAGAAAGCUUCUCGAGCAUCAUCCUUGCAGAAGCACAAAAAGAACUACCGGGACAAAUUUCACAAUGAGGACAAAAAUGAAAGCGGUGUCGAGAGCAGAUCAAGAACGAGGCAUUCUGAUCCCGACCGUGACCAAGUUUCAGACGAAGAGGGACGCAGAAGUGAUGGUUCCUUUUAUUCAGAAGACUAUGAGAAUGUGACCCCGUCAGAGCGCUCAUUUUCACCGCUGUCCCGCUCUCGGACUCCAUCUCCCACCCCACAAAGAGGGCUGCGGGCAAAGCAGAUUUCUAGAAGCUCUUUCCACAAAACAGGUGGAGUGGGGCGCAGGGCCGUGUCUCGGCCACAGCGGCCAGGGGGCCUCUCCCUGAACCAGCAGCAUCGCAGGGGACCCCGGUCACAAAGCAAAGAGUCAACGCCACCUAAAGACCUAGACCUGGUCACAAAGCGGAUGCUGUCAGCCCGCCUCGUAAAGAUCAACGAACUGCGCAACUCUCUUUCUGAACUGCAGCAGCGCAUUGAUGAACUGCAGAAAGAAAAUCGAAUCCUUAAACAACUUCAGGUGCGUCAAGAGAAAGCCCUGCAGCGUUACGACGACACAGAAAGCGAGAUUUCCCAGCUGCUGGCGCGCCACUCCAAUGAGAUUCACGUGCUGCGAGAGAGACUCAGGCGAACACAAGGGCGGGAACGGGCAGCUGAGCGUCGGUCAAAAGACACAGAGGAGCAGUUGCAAAGGAGCCAAGCAACUAUUGCACGACUGAAGAAGCUGGUCGACCAGCGAGAGUUAGGAGUUAGAGACGAGCUGAGCCGCAGGCUAGAAGAAGAGAAAACUCAGACUCAAGAAGCAGAACGAAAAAUCAAGGAGCUGGAGCGCAGCAUGGAGCUGAGCAACAACAGCUAUCAGAGGCAGCUGGUUGGAGAGAAGAAGAAGACUGUCAUUGCUCAGGAGGCGAUCAAGAAUCUGCAAGAAGAGGUGGAACGACUGACCAAUAAACUCAAGGAAAAAGAAAGAGAACUAGAUGCUAGGAAUAUUUACGCCAACCGGAUUAUCAAAACACCCGUACGAAAAGAGAUGGAUAGUAACACAAAGCAGAAAGUCCUCAGCAGGAACAGCAGCAAGGCAGUACAGACUGAAGACAGAACGUCAAGUCUGGAUUUCCCCUCUCCUCCUCCUGCCAUUAACGAUGCCAAUGAAUACAGCGAACAGGCGCCCAACGAAUACCUGUCUCUUAAGGAGUUUGACAAAGUGGACCAUCAUGCAGAGAACAUGUCUCAAAACAUGGAAGAACAAAAAAGGAUUGAAAAAGAAGGGGAGAAGCCAAAAGAGCAGGAGACAGAGAAGAAACACUUCAACCAAGAUCUGAUUGUCCUGAAAGAGAAGGCAAAUAGACUAAGUGAUGGCAAAGACAAUCGCAUGACAAGCUCUAAGGUGGACGAUGAUGAAGAGGGAGACAGAAAGAAGACAAGUUCCCUUUUUACCCAGAAGGAAGAAUACAACCAUUGGAGGCGAGGCCAUGUCCAGGAGGAGGUGGCGAGGUGGAACAAGGACCCGCUGGCCAAUCACCAAUCAGCAGAGGAAACGCGUCAAAGGAAAGAACAGCUGCUGGCUAAAAUGCGUGAAAUAGACCUUCAAAGCCAGGGAGACCGGAACUCCAUAUUUACUUCUGAAUCCAGAAAAGCCACCAGUGAAUUUUCAUCUCCACGUCCUCCUGAGCAGAAGAACCGUAACUCUUCAGCCUUCAGCCACGACUCAGAAGACAUGGGCAGCUUGCCUGCUGGGAUUAGAGAAGGUGGGAGGAGGAGACCAGGUGAGGAGAGUGGAGCUGUUACAGCAAGAACAGGAAGGAGAACGCUGCGAUCCCAAACAUCCAGUGACAAGCUGGCUUUUGGAGGCUAUGCUCCUUCGUUUGGACAUACGACCUCCCACGCUUCCUCCGGCUUCCCUCAGCCUCCGCCCAAAGAGGACAGGGACUCUGCACUAGAAGAGGCAGCGCUUUUUAACCUAGGAGGGAUGGAGACAGAGAAGAGGGCGAUCAAGGACAAGAAGGCGAGCCUCUUGCAGCAGCUGUUCGGUGCCCAGGCUGUGCUUGCGGGCGACACCUCUAUCCCUGCCAAUAAAAUGGAGGUACUGAAUAGUUCUCCAACCCCCAACGGCGUGCGUUCAAGACGAGACGGACUGCUCAGCUUCAGCUCAGGGUCUUCCACUCCUCCUGCAUCCUCCAGUAACACCCUACACGUUGCAGAAAGCAAACCUACUGUCUGUGCCAUCAACUCAUUUGAUGAUGAAAUAGAGGAACUCACUUUAUAAACCAAUGCUACUUUGAGGUUGGUCGGUCUUGGCAAAACAUCACCUCAGUC